UCAAAACAGACAGCUCUGGCGGCACAUGUUUCCAUCAUGGCGGCCCCCUCCAGAAAGAUGGUCGGUGUUUCUGAAGACUCCAGCAGCAGCGACGAUGAGGUGCUGAGAAGAUGUCAGGAGGCAGUUUGGGAGACAAAGACAGAGAAAAACAAAGGUGACGGAAGUUUUCUUGAUAUUUUAGGGCGAAGUGAAGAUUUCUGCACAGGCUCAUGAACGCUGCUAAUAAUGUUACAUUAGUAUGGAGAGAAUUACGGAGUUAGUAAAUGGGAAACAAACUCUGGAUAAUGUUGUAAAACUGUAUGAAAUUUUCCUUUUUAUGGGUUAGUUUAACUUAAUGGACACAAUGGUUAUGUUGUCUGUUGUGAAUUCUUACUGUGUUGUAGUUUAAACUUGUAAGUAGGCUUAUUGGACCUUUAGGCUCAUUUGCAGAAAUAGGGGAGAGUGGGGUAAGUUGAGCCGUUUUUCAUGUUUCAGAUCACUGCAUCAAGUCAAUCAUAGUUUUGUCUCUAACUGGUGUAUCUGCAUAUAUUUCAAGAUGUUGUUCAUCCCUGCAAACCAACAGAACUCUCCACCCCAGCCCUCCCUCACCUUCUCUCUCCCUAAAUAACAGUCACUUCUUCACAUUCAUGUGUAUUUUUAUCUAUUAUACACUGUUCAACUGGUACAAUAAUAAUAAUUGCAUAUAACUGCUAAAAAGCUGUUUUGUAACAGAACAUUCACAGAUCGAUGCCCAUCUCCUAAAUAUUUGGUCACAUGAUCAAUUUCUUUGACCAUUUCCAAGCAACAGGGGGUGGCUCAACUUACCCCACCGUCCCCUAUAUCUAAUUCAUUUAUCCUGUUAAUGACAUCUGCAUUUAUUUUUGUUGUAGAUGGAGACACUACUGUACCACCAUCAAAGCGGUAAGACUUUUCUCAAUAUAAUAACUAACUUCAAAUCUUUAAGUCAUAAUAUCUGCAUCCUAAAACGUUUAAAAAAUCCAGUACAAUCUAACUAUUUGCCUCCCAUAAGGAAAUUUAAGCACCAAUCUGUAUGUCAUUAAGACUUUGUAGUCUCUGAAACAACGUCAUCCAAAUCUGUCUAAUCUGGGUGUGGUAGUUUUGGAUCAGAACCUGGUCUAAUGUAAUCAAGGGGUGGGGAAAAAAGCAGGGAUUCUUCAUUUUGCAUUUUCAUAGAUAAAAUGAAGGUUUGACAAAUCCAUAAGUGUGUUUUAUCAGCCUAUGAGUCUCUGUCUGUGCUGUAGUGUUGUUGUGGCUGAACAUGAACAUGACGGAAAUGAGCUCCAGGUCACUAAAGGGUUUCAAACACACGUGGCUAAAAAGUUGGGAAAUUAUCUUGACAGGUGAGCAGAAACAUAAUUUUACCUGAAUUUGUCUGGAAAUUUAUCCAAUGACGGACUUAAAAAGAAAUACCUGUUUUUGUCAGUUAUAUAACAGAAAUGCGGACUGAACAAUCGACCUGUGUUGACUCUGCAAAAUGUGAUGAAGAGGAGGAUGAUGAUGAUGAAGGUAAGCUUUAUUUUAUCUGUGGUGUUUGAUGCUUUUUUGAUGAUUUUUCCCUGUUUUUAACUGUAUUCCUGUUUUUCUGUAUUUUAUAGGAUUUCGGCUGUUUUCUUCAUCAGUCCCAGGUCAAAAGGCUGAUGAUCCUCCAGCCCCUGUGAGGCGUCGGCCUGCACCCAGUUCAAGGUUUUAAAGAUUUUUAUGUACCUUUUAAAACAACAACUUAUCUAGUCUACACUUAACUGUGUUUUACAAAUGUUCACAAACAUUUCUCUGUUGGUUCCAGUGACAGUGACAGCGAAAUGGAAAUGAGGCUGAAGGAGGUGGCGGUGUCCGUCAAAGAUUUGUUACCCUCAACGUCUCCGUCUUCUUCGCUCCAAACUCCCUCUGAAGAGCCUCCCUGCACAGAAAAAGUAAAGAAAAAGAAGAAGAAGAAAGCGACAGAAGGAGAGGAGAGCGAUGUUAAGAAGAAGAAGAAGGAAAAGAGGAAAAAGAAUCAAGAAGAAAGUGACUGUGCAGCGUCUCCUGUUAGUGCUCAAAACAACGGUGAGCACGGGAACUCUGAGCAGGAACACGCGGGAGUAAAAGUGAAAAAGAAAAAGAAGAAACAAGCAAACACAACAGACUGAAAAACUCAGGACCUGGAUCAGUUUUUAGGAUCUUUGUGGAUCCUGUCUGCCACAGGACAAUGGAAGGGUUGCAGGGUUUUUUUUACACAUUUUUGUACAUUUUCAGAAACUUCAGCGAAUGGAGAAUUUUUCCAGUAAAAAAAAACUUCUCAUGCAUAUUUUUGAAAUAGUCUUUUUGAAAUAUACACAUUUUGAAUGUGAAAAACAUUUCAAGGAAGUGACAUAAAAAAUAAAGAUAACACGUGUACAAGUUUCAA